UAUUGAUUUUGUUAGUCUUCAUCCACGAACUGAGUUUACCCUCAUUAAUUAGACAUAACAACCCACAAAGUAAUUGAUUGAAAUUUUUGCCAAAAAUCAAAAAUCUCCGUCAACGACAUUUUGGUCAUUAAGAAUGGAACGUCCUAGAGAUCAGUCAUCAAGAUAAUUUAUGCUCACUAAGUUAGUUAAUUCGUGAUGGUCGUAUAGUGUUGGAACAAUUUUGGUUUACCCGAUCUGCAAGCGAAGUGUCGCCGAAUACAAUACAGUAACAUUCUCGAGUUCCCCGUCUGUUUUUCAGUCGAUACCAAUUCAAAAGUGAAUAAUAUAAAUAAGAAUUCUUCGUAUUAUUUUCUAUCCGAAGCUUAUUUCACAGUUUAUUGCAAUUAAUUUCUUAGAUCCCAUCCCCCUCCUCUAUAGGACUUUCAAUAUUGAUUCUGGAUUAAGGAUAUCAUCUGUUUCUGCUCUAUUUGGCUCUGUAUUAUUUUCAAAAGUUAAAAUUGUUUUGUUUACUUCGCAUAACUCGCAUAACAAAUAUAAAACUGACACAAUGUCAUUACAUGUAAGCUAUCAAUUUUGUGUUAAACAAGGUUGUCGAUAACUUUAUCGUUAACGGCCUCAGUUGUUUUACAAACUACGCUCUUAAGCUAAAAAUUAACGUUAUCGCCUGGGAACUGUGAAGAUAAUUCGGUUUCACUAUCUGACCGUGAAAAGUUAGGCCGGCGGUAGGAUCAGCUGCUCGCUGUAAGGUAAUACUUAGGAUCAACUAGCUGGUUAUUGCGCAACACAAUCGAAAAGAACAGCUGAGGUCAGCUAACGAACCCACAACUUAGCUGCCGUUGAUGUUUAGUGGAAAGGAAAACGAGGAAAACGAGGAAAACGGGAACACCUCGAGUGGCAGUCCGUUAAAAGUUCAGGUUUUCAAAAGACGGUGGGUUCAGCUAUUCUUAUAUGUUUUAUGGGGCAUAUGCAGCAGCUAUCAAUAUCCUCAAUUCACCAUCGUCAGCCACAUAAUAAGUCGGUACUACGAUGUCUCGACGUUGGCAGUAGCAUCGACCGGCAUCGUAGGGAUGGUAGCCUACGCAGUUUUCCUCUUCCCUGCCUUGUUUUUAAUGGAACGGAUCGGCCUGAAGUGGACGGUCGUGAUAGGAGCCGCAUUGACGUGUCUCGGAGCCUGGAUUAAGGUUUUCUCGAGAGCCCCGGAUCGUUUUCCAUUGCUGCUCACAGGGCAAGUCAUGGUCGCGAUCAGCCAGGUUUUCAUUUCUCCUGUUCCGGGAAAACUGGCUGCAUUCUGGUUCGGGAAUGACCAACUCGCCUUCGCCACCGCCAUCGGCUGCUACGCAGUUCACGUUGGCUUGUCGAUCUGCUUCCUGACCGUUCCGAUUUUCGUCCGAAACCACGACGACGUCGAGGAAAUCGGGCACGAAUUGUCUGUCAUUAACUGGACAGUCGCGAUUGCAUGUUCAGUCGUAACGUUGGCCGUACUUUUUCUUUUUCAGGACGAACCUCCCGCGCCACCAAGCGAGUCGCGGGCGCUCCAAAAAUCCACGCACGAGCGUUUCGACAAAGGAGUUUUAGUGUCCUUCAAAAAGUUACUGACAAAGAACAGGAACUUCAUCAUUCUUUGGAACGCCUAUGGUCUGAUUGUUGCCGUAUUUAACUCGACGGGGACAGUUUUGAAUCCGUUGUUCUUAACUCACUUCAAGAACUGCGAAGUUGAUGUAGGAAUAAUGAGUCUUUUGCUGUGCUUUGUGGGUACCAUAGGUUCGUUAAUCAUCGCUUCAGUUCUCGACAAAACGAAGAAAUUCAGAGUCAUCGCCAUCACCGUGAGCAUUUCGUCCUUAUUUUGCGAAAUACUUUUCGCUACGACCUUGAAUAUGGAAAUUAAAUGGACGGUUUUUCUGUCAGCUUCGCUUUUCGGCAUUACUCUGAUCAGUUUCAACGCGAUUGGAUUUGAAUUAUGCGCCGAAGCGACUUACCCCGAGUCUCAGGCACUAUCGACAGGAAUUUUGAGCACAGCGGGCCAAAUAUACGGAGCUUUCGUAACUCCGCUUAUCCUCAAGGUGAUAGACGUUUACGGCGACACGGCUGGACACGCGGUCAUUCUAGCAAUUCUCGGCCUAGGAACUCUGUUGACAAUAUCGAAUAAAAUUGAUCUGCGUAGGCAAAGAGCUGAAGAAUCUGCCAUGCGAUAUAAUCCGCUGAGUCAAGGAGUAUUGCGUAAGAUUGACAAGUGAUAUUGAUUCUGUUAAUCUUCAUCCACGAUUCGAGUUUACUUCCAUUAUUAUACAUAACAACCGACAAAAGUGAUCGAUUGAAAAUUCUUGCCAAAAGUCGAAUAUUCUCGGCAUCCGCAAAUAAACCAUUAGGAAUUGAACGUUGCAGAGAUCAAGAAUCAAGAUAAUUCUUACUCACCAAGUUAUUUGAUUUGUCGUGCUCGAAGAACGUUGGAAGAAUUUUGGUACUCCUAAUCCGCACGUGAAGUAUCACCGAAUAAAAUGGAGUAACUUUCUCGUGUCUCACUUGUGUUUUUUAUUUGAUACUAAUUUUAAGAUGAAUUACACGAAUACGAAUUUUCAUCAUCAUCUUCUAUCCGAAGUUUUUGUCACAGUUUAUCGCAAUUUAUUCCUCACAUCCCUUCCCUCCCCUUUGUACGACUCAUACACUAUUAAUCCCGGAUUGAGGAGACCAUCUGUUCCUGUAUCCCGGCGGAUCUGCAUAUAUGACUCCGUAUUAUUUUCAAAAGUUCAGAUGGUUCUACGUUGAUUAUGAUCGCAUUCGGUGGUUUCCCUAACCCAAGUAUAUUUAGCGAUAAGCAAAAAAGAACUCAUGAAUUUUGGCUAACGAUGAAUAACUGUGUUGGCUGAACAAAACCACCCCAAUAGUAACACGCAUAGCGAUUGCUGAUCUGCACGGAAUUACGGGGAGUUGUGCAAAACUGCCCGCCACUAUUGCCACGUGGAAAGUAAGAAUGCAAAAUGAAACCUUCCGUGCUGUACUCUCUACAACGCAAUGAAUCAAUCGAACGAAGUUAGUCUUCCGAUGAGAGAUUGCUGAUUAAACUCUGUAAACACACUCACGAACGACACGUAGGCUGACCGCGAUCCGUUUGGCUGCUCUCUCAAAAUCUGAUCGAGAACUGAACAGAGCGGAAGGAGCGCUCCCUUAUAUACACGAAGCAGACGAUCGGGAACAGAAUUCAAACGGAUGCUGAGAAAUACGCGGCUUAGAGGGUAAGAGCGAGAUGGAGCGUUGGGUAUAACAGAGAGAGAUCUAGGAAGUAGAAAACCGAAUCGGAAAAUAUGAAUAAAUAAACGUAUAUACGCGGUACAGAGAAACGUUCCGACAUUUUUAAACAAUAAUAGCUUAGUGAAAGCUGGAAAUAUGCUAAAAGCAAUGAUGUGUCGUUAAUUGAUUUUGAUAUUAUACCAGAAAUUUAAGAUAGGCUG